AACUUCACUCCCCCUGUGAACUCAAUCCAUUAACGGUUCCUUUGGCAAUGGCAGCUCACAGACUCGCUUUGAUCAUUGAAAACCCGUCAAACGACAGUGAGUUUCUGCUCGUGAAGCAGUCGCACCCUCCCAAAUUCAACGAUGAAGAAUACGAUUCUUUCGUGGAUUCCGAUCUCUGGGACUUGCCCGCGGCGCAGUUGAACUCGCAGCAAGCAGAGUCGCAACUCCCGGUUGAGGUGGAAGUUGUGGGCUCGCAUUCGGAGGACUUCAGUCUGAGGGAAUUCGACAUCCGUGCGGCUCUUAACGAGGUGUAUGGACGAUUAGGGUUUGAGGCGGUUGAAAGGGGAGGAUGGAAGUUCCAUAAGUAUGUGAAGGAAGCUGCGUUUGGACCAGAUUUCCCCGUUAACACAGUCUUCAUUAUCGGAAAAUUGGUAGCACCUGAGGACAAGAACUUUAGAGAUUCCUUUAAAUGGAUGUCUGUCCAAAGCUGUCUUAACUGGCUUCUGGAAGUGAAACCACAUGGGGAUCGUGUUGGACCAUUGGUAGUUGUUGGCCUUAUAAAUGAAUCAUCUAUCUCUACAAAAUGGAAAGUCCCUCCUGCUAUACAGUAUCAGGAGUACCCGCCUGGUGUUACACUUAUACCCAUGGGAAGUAGGACAACAAAGCCUUUUCACACAACAAAUUUGGUGGUGUUUGCACCUGAGAAUGUUCCAAAUGAUUCAGAGGAGAAUAGUUUUAUUGCACAUGGAGAUGCACUAAUAGUUGAUCCAGGAUGUCUAUCAGAAUUCCAUGGAGAGCUAAAGAAAGUUGUUACUGCUUUGCCAAGACGACUAGUGGUCUUUGUCACCCAUCAUCAUCCUGAUCAUGUAGAAGGUCUCUCAGUUAUCCAGAAGUGGAAUCCUGAUGCCAUUUUGUUAGCACAUGAAAAUACCAUGCGUCGCAUAAGUAGAGAUGAUUGGUCACUUGGCUAUACCUCAGUUACAGGAGAUGAAGACAUUUACGUUGGUGGUCAGACAUUGAGAGCUAUUUUUGCACCGGGACAUACAGAUGGUCAUAUGGCGCUGCUUCAUGUGAAUACUCAUUCCUUGAUUGUAGGUGAUCAUUGUGUGGGUCAAGGAAGUGCUGUCUUGGACAUAACUUCUGGUGGAAAUAUGACUGAAUACUUCCAAACCACAUACAGAUUUCUGGAGCUUUCACCACAUGCUUUAAUACCAAUGCAUGGGAGAGUUAAUCUCUGGCCAAAGCAUAUGCUGUGUGGAUAUUUAAAGAAUCGUAGGAGUAGAGAAGCUAAUAUCUUAAAAGCGAUUGAAGGUGGAGCAAAAACUUUGUUUGACAUUGUAGCGUAUGUAUAUUCUGAUGUUGACCACCGUGCCUGGGUUGCUGCAUCAUCAAAUGUGAGGCUCCAUGUGGAUCAUCUAGCCCAGCAACAUAAGUUACCAAAGGAUUUCUCUCUAGAAACUUUCAAUUCCAGUUUGGUUGCAUUUGCUGACAAUCUGGGUAAAUUAUAAUUCUGAAGAGCUGCACCGGCUUACUCAAGACUACCUAUCAGCUUCGUCCGUUGCAUUUUAUUUUUUUUGAGAAAAUAUGUAGCUCUAUCCUCAAAAUACAUUAUUUGCAUUGAAGUGGCCUUAGAUAAUGGGAACUCUGUGCAGUAGCUGUAUAAGAUAUAUAGCUCUUGUGAUAAUCUGAGAGGAAUUACUUGUGAGAUUGGCUUUUAUUCUCUCGUGAAACUGACAGAACAUACUGCGUCUGCCUUAGGAUUUUUCAACCCAGAAGUUCAAAGAUACCUGUGGACUGCAUUUUCUAUCUCGAUGGAUAUGGGCUUACACUAGAGGAAGUUUAUUACAUCUAGUAGGGAAAUCUUCAUUUCUUAUUGCCGGUGUUCUGGCUGGCAUUGCUGUAUUGUACUGUCAAAAGAAAGUUUAGUAAAUAGAAUGGUGUACGUCUCUGGGAGAGUUAUAUUCUGUUUGUUGAUCGUUAAGCAGGAAUGCGAACUACAUUUUAAAUUGUGAGCUUUGAUGUAACAUGCUAUGAUAUUACUGAAAGAGUACUUUGAAACUUGAGAGGCGCUUGAAAUGUUCUGAGGUUGUCAUCCAUUGAGUGGAAGGGACUCGAAGGAGUGUUAAUAUUAUUUUUGGUGCAAUUUACAUUAACAGAUUACUAAUGAUUGGUC